AUGAUCGCCGCAAGGAACUCUGUGGUCGCCCAAUCGAAGCCGAAGCCACCUCCAAUGCCUUCGCUAGAAGCCAUCGCGAAGUUGAUAGGAGUCAAUCUGGAAUCGGAGCCAGAGUUAACGCACAUCGUAUCGGAGAUGCGGACUACUCCGUUACCACCGACGUGGACAAUCGAGGAGAUCGGCGCCAGCCAAACAACACCGCCGAGAGCGUCACGCUUCACGACCAGAAGCAUUACUAGCUACACCGCCGACAGGGAAGCCAACCUGUCAGCGUCAGCCAUCGCCCCCAGGUUGGAGUACGUCAACCGGGUAACGAGAGAACGGACGUGUACGCACCCGGGGACGCCGUACUUCCUCCGCGCCGUUGAGCGGCAGAGGGUCAGCAACCAGCGUCAGCGUCGCGGAGAAGUUGUGGUCGUGUCCGGCACGUCACCAAAGGCCAAUAACAGCAAUCACAACAGCAUCAUUGACACCAUGGAUUGGUCGCUCCCGUCGACAACUUCCCACCCGGAUGAAGACGGCCACGCAGGUCGAGGCGGUGCUCCUAGCAUUGGCACUGUCCAUGACGACACCGCCACCAUGGACGAUGACCAACCGGUGGCGUCGACCACCGAUUCCGGUACAAACAACAGCAGUAAGGUGCGGGUGGUCCGCAGGGACAAGCCAGGGGUGGGCAGCGGUACGAGUUUAGCCGAGCAAGAACAAGACAACGGGGCAGAGAGAGGAUCAACUCACCGAAAGCGCGCGCCGAGUUCGGGAGGAAAGGGUGGCAAGCGGAGAACGCCCCCACCUAAAUGGCUGGUCUUCACUUCUUGGUGGCACGAGACCACUACCGGGACAGAGAACACCGUGAACCGCAAGCACGCCUCCAUACGAUACUCUACAGCCAACGGAUCUCUCGAGGUGGAGCUUGAGGACGUCCCGGCCAUUUUCGAGGUCUCGCAUGCCACGGGGAGGUACGGAAAGGUGGGCGCUGUCGACAUCCGUGUGGGGGCUCAGCUAUCGAUCUUGGGGCGUCAGAUGCGGCUGAUGCAGUGUGAUGGGGUGACAGCUCAGUGGCUCGAGAGUGAGGUCCGAGCCAUCACGAAGGCAAAGGCGGCGCUAAUCACGGCUGUCGAAGACGGGGGGGACAGCGUGAGAGUCACAUGCCGCAGCGAUCGGCUCCAAGUGGCUGCCUCCGCGCAGCGAGGGAGCGGCUCCGUGGGACAGGCGGCCGAGAUGGACCGCAGAGCUCUGAUGCAAGACGUGGCGACCCUGCGGGACAUCCUGGCGAAGACCCAGCCGGAAGAAGCCAGGAGGCUGACCGACGGACUGGAUUUUGCCUAA